ACAGAGGGCAGGAAGGAAGCGAGAAGGGGGAUUUCCCCCCCCCCCAUCUUUAAUCUGUAUCUUCUCCCAGCCGGAUGGAGGCAGCGUAGCUCGAUCCAUGCCCAGCUCCCUGUCCCGGCCCCGGGAGAGGGAACCGAGCCCGCUGGCUCCUUGUCCCGCCGGCGAGGGCAGAGCUGCGCCCGCCGAGACGUCACCCCGCAUGAGGCUGCCUCCCACCAUGGCCCCCCUCGGAGAGGAGACGCCCCUGAUCGGAAACAGGUCCUGCAGCCUGUCCUCCAUGGAGUCGGGGACCCUCCAGGUCUACCUGUACCACCCGGCCAACACCCCGCGAUCGGACCCCGACUUGGGCGGCGUCCUGACUUUCACGUAUGGCGAGUACUUGGCAGAGGAGCUCUGUGUGGCGGCAGCCAAGGCCUGCGGGAUCCUGCCCGUUUGCCACUCCCUCUUCGCCCUGGCAACGGAAGAUCUGAAAUGCUGGUUCCCGCCCAACCACCUCUUCACGGUGGACAGUUCGAGCUGCCAAGUCGUCGUCUACAGAAUCAGGUGCUUGCGAACUCCCUGCCCCAGUCGCUGAGC